CUAAUGCCUUGAGUGUGUUUUGCAGUGAAAGCGUCCCAGAAUGGGUGCACGAAGUUAUCCGGCCCAUAGCAGCAGAACUGGAGUCCAUUAUGCCACAACCUUUUGCAAAAGAAAUUCUAGGACUGUGCAAAGCACUGGGAAUAAGUCUUGGAGAUGGAGUCCUGCUUAACUUUGCCUAUGAAUCAACUGCGUUCUGUACUAGCAUUGUUGCUCAGGAUGCCAAAGGAAACAUUUACCACGGUCGGAACCUAGAUUACGAUUUUGUGGAUAUAUUAAGCAAGAUAACAAUUGAUGUGCAGUUUAUAGAAAGCGGGCAGGUAGCAUAUCAAGGCACCACAUUUCUUGGUUACGUAGGCUUAUGGACUGGACAAAGUCCACGCAAGUUCACGAUCUCCGGUGAUGAACGAGCGGGUGGUAGAUGGUGGGAAAAUGCAAUAGCUGCUUUCCUGAAUCGGAAUUAUCCUGUCAGCUGGCUUGUCCGAGACACCCUGAGCAGAGCAGAGGACUUUCAGUCAGCUGUUCUCAGACUAGCGGGCGUUCCCAUCAUUGCUGAAGUUUACUAUAUUGUAGGAGGUGUAUCACCCAAAGAAGGCAUGGUCAUAACAAGGAAUAGAAGAGGGCCAGCAGAUCUCUGGCCUCUUGAUCCUUUAGGUGGAGCGUGGUUUCGUGUAGAGACAAACUAUGACCAUUGGACCACCCCUCCUCCUUUUGAUGAUCGAAGAACUCCAGCCAUCAAAGCUCUCAAUGCUACUGGGCAGCAGAACAUAAAUUUUGAAACGCUCUUUAAGGUGUUGUCAGUGAAGCCAGUCUUAAACAAUAACACAGUGUAUACCACAGUCAUGAGCGCUGCACUGCCAGAUAAGUACCAGACAUGGAUCAGGACUGUGAGGUGA